AUGUUUCCCACUACCCAUCCUAUGAAAUAUACGUUCCAGAAGGAAGGUGGAACUCACGAAGGAUGCAUCUUGGCAGUCGUCCUCAGUCUUGAAUCACUAUUCUUGAGGCCGAUUAUGUGCACGUUUCCAAUGUCGGGGGAAAGUGGGAUUUCUCUUGUUAUGGGUCCUUACGAUGAUAAAUCGGACUGGAACGGGAAGUUUGCCGGUCGAUGGCAACCGAGGCCAUCCGAUCCCGUUUGGCCGUACUGGGAAGAGUCUACCGAGAAAGCUAUAGCUACUUGUAUUACCGACUGGCUUAUUGAAAGGCGGGCAAAGUCUAAGCCGGAUACACCCACUUCCAGAAAAUCAGGCGGGCUGAGACAUUUGUCCGUCUUACAAAGCCUGUUGUCAAGGAAACAUAAUCUACCCACAUCUGGUCAGCACCCCUCUCAAGUUGGACUUCUUGAUUCUUUCAAUGCAGACCAGCAUCAGGAUCAGGAAGACCCAAACAACAAUGACGGUGAAUCACUCGAGUCCACCUCCAUGGUUCAUGAGCCAAACUCGCCCGCCAACAAUAAUGUUGAGGAGCCUAAGAGUGAGAAUACUGAGGUGGAGAAAGAAAAAGAAACUCCGAAAAAAGAAGAACUCACGGCAAAUGAAUUAGAGGCAGUGACAAGGAGCUUCCAAAGGGCUCUUCAAAAUUGUGACCCUCAAAGUGGAUCCAUCAGGGUCAUGGUGUAUCUCGCUUACAGUGAAAAUUCAGUUGAAACUGUUAGGAAAGCAUAUCUGACUGCAUUCAAUGGAAGUGAGGCUCAUGAAGAAGCUAGGAGUUCGUCCGGGCCAUCUGGAGGUGAUACGCAAUAG